AUGAUAGAGAUGCCUAAGGUGGAGGCAUAUUGCAGUGAAGGGAUAGGGCUAUGUGGGAAGGGUAACGAGUGCGAGGAAAAAUGCCAAGCACGUCACGGCCCAGGCUCGCAAGGAUCGUGCGACUACAUCAUCAAGCCUCCACUUUGCACUUGCUACUACGAUUGUCCCACACCACCGCCGCUGCCAAAAUUGUGCAAUGGUGGCGGCGGUUUGUGCAGCUACUCCUGUGAGGACCAGUGUUGCAGCGAUCGAUGUGCCACCAAGUUCAGUCAAGGCCGAGGGUACUGCGAUGAUAGUGCUGGUCCUUGGCUGUGUCAAUGCCAAUACCCUUGCUAA